CACGUCCAUGCAGCUGUCACUCUAGUGUCCUCAGUUUAACAGUGGAAACACAAGAAUCUGAACUGAAAAAGAAGAAAAAUCAGAAUGAGACGUUCACUCGGCUGCUUGUGUUCCAUGUUCUUCCACCUGGCUGUGUGUUGGGGUCAGAGGUCCAACACGGAUGAUGGCAGGGACUCCUGCACUCGCUGUGACCUCCAGCUCCACUGCAAUUGUUCAUGUCGUGGAUUCACCCAAGUCCCUAGAGUGACAGAUGAGGCUCUGGUUCUGGAUCUCUCCUUCAACAACAUCUCUGAAGUGACUGACGACGACCUGAGAGGUCAUGCGUUCCUGAGGGUUCUGGAUCUCCAUGGGAACAGCCUGGCCUCCAUCCAUCCAUCAGCGUUCGGCUCCCUGUGGAGCCUGGAGGAGCUGGAUCUGUCGGACAACCAGCUGACGGUCCUCAACCACCGAUGGUUCAGCGAGCUGGGAGCUCUGCAGCAGCUCAACCUGCUCAACAACCCGUACAGGCAUCUGGGUUCUUCUCUGUUUUAUGGACUCGUCAGACUGAGGGUCCUGGAGUUUGGAGGUCCGGUUCUGGAAGAACUGAGCAGAGGAGACCUGAGAGGGGUCACUCAGCUGGACCGACUCACUUUGCGCGCCAACAACCUGAUCCGAUAUGAAUCUGGUACUUUGGCAGGGAUCUGGCCUCUGGGUCGCCUCACCUUAAACCUUCAAAGACCUCUUUUGACUGACUCUUCCUUGGUCUCAGCGGUCCUCAAUGACGUGUUGAGUCCUGAGACGCACUUGACUUUGGAAGACAUCUAUAUGACGUCAAAGACUCCAAUCCAAAUCCUCAGGGACACAAACAUCAACAGGACCAGACACCUAUCGCUCCGGAACUGCACUGUCUCUGACGAGGCUGUGGUCGGCUUCCUGAUGGCAAUUAAUGGGUCACCCCUGACCUCUCUUUCCAUAGAUGGUCUGACGGUAACGGGGGAGGGCAGGUGGGCCGGAGCAAACUGGACUGAUCUGAGAAGCAUGGAUGAAUUCCUGGUCAGGAACCUGGUGCUGCAGGAUGUCUUUACAUUUUUCCUGAUAGGAAACCUGUAUUUUUUGGUGCAGAACCAGCGGAAGAUAUCACUCAUAAAUGCAAAGCUGUUUCUAUUGUCCUGUUACUCAACCAGACUGAUGAAGGAUGUUCAGUACCUGGACAUGUCUGACAACCUGCUCACAGACCUGACUCUGGGGUACAUGCUGUGCAAUGGAGAUGACACGCUGACGGACCUCAGAGUGCUGAACAUAAGUGGAAACAAUCUGAAGUCUUUGUCCACAAUAAGCAGGCUGGCAGCCAGACUCACCAAACUGACCCACUUGGACAUCAGCAGAGGUGGCUACUGCUCCAUGCCCCCCCGCUGCUCUUGGCCCGCCCCUCUGCGAUACCUCAACAUCUCCAGUGCGAAGCUGACAACCGCAACGCCGUGUCUUUCUACAACCCUGGAGGUUUUGGACUUGAGCAACAAUGACCUGAAAAGCUUCACCGUGUCCCUGCCUUUGCUAAGAGAACUCCAUCUUUCUGGGAACAAGUUCCUGAGCUUUCCUGAUGGACGACUCUUUCCCAAUCUACAAACACUGACGAUGAGGGUGAGAAACAAAUCGGUUCUCACACUUGAAUGUGUUCUGAAUGCGUCGUCCGAUUCUUUCUUCCAGUCCAACACCCUGAACUUGUUUGGUGGUUCGGACCUCCAGUCUUAUAGACGACUGGAAAACCUCCAGGCGGGUCAGAACAAGUUCGUCUGCUCCUGUGACUUCGUCGGCUUCCUCCAGUUGCUCCUCAAAGGAGGCGGAGACGUUGUAUUGACGGAUAAAGAGGACAGCUACCACUGUGACUCCCCUCUCUACCUGCAGGGGGAGUCUGUGAGCAGAGUCCAUCUCUCCAUCAUUGUGUGUCACCAGGUGUUGUUUGUGUCCGUGAGUUGUGGCGUGGCGCUGCUCCUCGCCAGUCUUGUGUGCGUCCUGCUGUGGCGGCUUCACGCCUUCUGGUACCUGAAGAUGAUUUGGGCGUGGCUCAAGGCCAAGCGCAGCUCCCAGCAGCGACAGAGACGCAGAAACGAUGAAGGAUCGGAAGCUCUGAUCUCCUUUGACGCCUUCGUUUCCUACAGCGAGCAAGAUGCCAGCUGGGUGGAGAACUUCUUGGUACCUGAGUUGGAGGACCCGAGUGACCCCCUGCAGCCAUUGACCCUCUGUCUCCACAAACGGGACUUCCUUCCUGGACAGUGGAUCGUGGACAACAUCCUGAGCGCCAUCGAGCGGAGUCGGCGGACCGUGUUUGUCCUCUCCAAGAACUUCGUCAGGUCGUCCUGGUGUCGCUACGAGCUGGACUUCUCCCACUUCCGCUUCUUUGAUGCUGGUGGAGACGAGGCCAUCUUGAUCCUGCUGGAGCCGAUGACCAAAGACGACGUCCCCAAGCGCUUCUGCAAACUCCGCAAGCUGAUGAGCUCCACCACAUACCUGGAGUGGCCUCAGGAGGAGGAGCGGAGGGAGGAGUUCUGGAGGAGUCUCCGAAAUGCUUUGCGAGGAGAAUAGAGUGUUUCGAAGGACAAACUAUUUGUUAAGUAUAUUUGUAAAUUUUCAACCGAUUAAAUUAAUUUGCUAUCGUGUUCACUAACACUUGACCUUUGGUCAAACGUCCUCUGUGGGUAGCUUUUAAUUCAUUAUGAGAGUUUGAUCACUUUAAACACUGUAAAUUACGAAAAAGAGCCAGGACUAAGUGAAAAAAAUUCUAAAUUUUAUUAAAUACAACAACGGUUAA